AAAUGGCAUGAAAAUGGAAAAUAAAAUGCGGUUCCAGAAGUAAGCGAGGGCUUUUUUCAAUUUCUAUCAGUCCACCCUCUCUCUCUCUCUCUCUCUCCUCGCGAACUGUUUCUCUCUCUAGAUCAAUCGUACCACAACUGAAUUCUUCUUCUUCCUCUUCUCCUCUUCCGUUUUCGUUCGCGUUUCCGCAAUUCGGAGCUGAAGAUCAACCACCGCUCAAAUUCGCGUUUGGAUCCGAUCGAAUCCGCAAUCCAAUCGAGUUUCGGGAUCUGAAGAGAAAGAGAAGAGAGGGAUCUGCGAGCGCCAUAGGCGAUGGCGAUGUCGGGGAUGCGAGGACUCUCCGUGUUCAUAAGCGAUAUUCGCAAUUGCCAGAACAAGGAGCAGGAGAGGCUCCGCGUUGACAAGGAACUCGGCAACAUUCGCACGCGCUUUAAAAACGAGAAGGCUCUGACUCCAUAUGAGAAAAAGAAAUAUGUUUGGAAAAUGCUUUACAUAUAUAUGCUUGGCUAUGAUGUGGAUUUUGGUCACAUGGAAGCUGUUUCUCUUAUAUCUGCCCCAAAGUAUCCUGAAAAACAGGUUGGGUACAUUGUAACAUCAAGUUUGCUUAAUGAAAAUCAUGACUUUCUCAGGUUGGCUAUAAAUACAGUGCGCAAUGAUAUCAUUGGUCGUAAUGAAACCUUCCAGUGUCUAGCAUUGACUAUGGUUGGAAAUAUUGGUGGGAGAGAAUUUGCCGAAUCCUUAGCACCAGAUGUACAGAAGUUGCUGAUAUCGAGCAGCUGCAGACCACUUGUUAGAAAAAAAGCCGCAUUGUGUUUGCUGCGCCUGUACAGGAAAAAUCCUGAUGUUGUCAAUGUAGAUGGAUGGGCGGAUCGGAUGGCACAACUUCUGGAUGAACGAGACCUUGGUGUUUUGACAUCUUCUAUGAGUCUUCUUGUUGCAUUAGUAUCAAACAACCAUGAGGCAUAUUGGAGUUGUCUUCCUAAGUGUAUCAAAAUUUUAGAACGGCUUGCUAGGAACCAGGAUAUCCCACAAGAAUACACUUACUACGGUAUCCCAUCUCCCUGGCUUCAGGUGAAAACAAUGAGGGCUCUUCAAUAUUUUCCUACCAUUGAAGAUCCUAAUGCCAGAAGGUCAUUGUUUGAGGUCUUACAAAGGAUACUGAUGGGAACUGAUGUUGUGAAAAAUGUGAACAAAAAUAAUGCAUCCCAUGCUGUUCUUUUUGAAGCCCUUGCUCUGGUGAUGCAUCUUGAUGCUGAAAAAGAGAUGAUGUCUCAGUGUGUGGCUCUUCUUGGAAAAUUUAUUGCUGUCCGUGAACCAAACAUUCGAUAUCUUGGCUUGGAGAAUAUGACAAGAAUGUUGAUGGUUACUGAUGUACAAGAUAUCAUAAAAAGACAUCAAGCUCAGAUUAUUACCUCAUUGAAGGAUCCUGACAUCAGUAUUCGGAGGCGUGCUCUAGAUUUGCUUUAUGGCAUGUGUGACGUUUCAAAUGCAAAGGAUAUAGUUGAAGAACUACUGCAGUAUCUCAGCACAGCGGAGUUUGCAAUGCGUGAGGAAUUGUCACUUAAAGCAGCUAUUCUUGCUGAGAAGUUUGCACCAGAUCUUUCAUGGUAUGUUGAUGUGAUUCUUCAAUUAAUUGACAAGGCCGGUGAUUUUGUCAGUGAUGACAUAUGGUUUCGGGUGGUUCAGUUUGUUACAAACAAUGAAGACUUACAGCCUUAUGCUGCGGCAAAAGCUCGAGAAUAUCUUGACAAACCUGCUAUACAUGAGACAAUGGUUAAGGUCAGUGCAUACAUACUUGGAGAGUUUGGACACCUUCUAGCAAGACGACCUGGAUGCAGUCCGAAGGAACUAUUUAGCAUUAUACAUGAGAAGCUUCCUACUGUAUCGACUUCUACUAUUUCUAUUCUUUUGUCAACAUAUGCUAAAAUUCUGAUGCACAGUCAACCACCAGACUCUGAAUUACAGAAUCAGAUAUGGACAAUAUUUAAGAAAUAUGAAAGCUCAAUUGAAGUCGAAAUACAGCAAAGAGCUGUUGAAUAUUUUGCAUUGAGUAGAAAAGGUGCAGCUCUAAUGGAUAUAUUGGCCGAAAUGCCUAAAUUCCCUGAACGACAGUCUGCAUUGAUUAAAAAGGCUGAAGACAAUGAAGUGGAUACAGCAGAACAAAGUGCUAUAAAGUUACGAGCUCAGCAGCAAUCUCAAACAUCAAAUGCUUUGGUUGUAACAGAACAAAGUCAUGUUAAUGGAACUCCACCUGUUGGCCAACUUAGCCUUGUAAAGGUGCCCAGCAUGAGUAGUAAUGUGGAUGAGGCAGAUCAAAGAUUAUCCCAGGAAAAUGGGACUUUGAGUAUAGUAGAUUCUCAACCUCCCUCUGCAGAUCUCCUUGGCGAUCUCUUGGGUCCACUGGCUAUUGAAGGCCCUCCCAGUAGCAGUGUCCACCUGCAGCCAAGCUCAAAUUCAGGAGUGGAAGGAACUGUAGUUGAAGCCACAGCCAUAGUACCUGCUGGAGAACAGGCCAAUUCUGUACAGCCAAUUGGAAAUAUUGCUGAAAGAUUUCAUGCUUUGUGCGUGAAGGAUAGUGGUGUUCUAUAUGAGGAUCCUUAUAUUCAGAUUGGCAUUAAAGCAGAAUGGAGAGCUCAUCAAGGGCAUCUUGUUCUUUUCUUGGGAAACAAGAAUACUUCUCCUCUUGUCUCUGUUCAAGCUUUAAUAUUGCCUCCCACGCAUUUGAAGAUGGAGCUCUCUCUAGUACCAGAAACUAUACCUCCCCGGGCACAAGUGCAAUGCCCACUUGAGGUCAUUAAUCUCCACCCAAGCAGGGAUGUUGCCGUUCUUGACUUCUCCUACAAGUUUGGUAACGAUAUGGUCAAUGUCAAGCUUCGCCUACCUGCUGUCCUAAAUAAAUUUCUUCAGCCUAUAACUAUAUCUGCUGAAGAGUUUUUCCCUCAAUGGAGAUCACUUCCUGGACCACCUUUGAAACUUCAAGAAGUGGUCAGAGGUGUUAGACCCCUUCCACUGCUCGAAAUGGCAAACUUAUUCAAUAGUUACCAUUUGACAGUUUGCCCAGGGCUUGAUCCCAAUCCUAACAAUCUUGUUGUGAGUACAACAUUUUAUUCAGAAAGUACAAGGGCAAUGCUUUGUUUAGUAAGAAUUGAAACAGAUCCAGCAGACAGAACCCAGCUGCGAAUGACGGUUGCUUCAGGGGACCCAACACUAACAUUUGAGAUGAAGGAGUUCAUCAAGGACCAAUUAGUCAGCAUUCCCGCCAUAGCAACCCGUGUACCAACACAACCAGCUCCGACAUCUCCACCACUGGCCCAACCAGGCAGUGCUCCUGCAGCAUUGACGGAUCCUGGGGCAAUGCUGGCUGCUCUUUUAUGACAAUAUAGAGGUGUUCAUUAAUUAUUACACAUUUGUAAACCUGAUCUACACAGCCUAACCCAUGUCUCCCUCAAAGCUAGUGAGGUGAAUAGACAAAAUCAUGAUGCAAGGGCUGGCGGAAUUAAGAGUGAGCUUGUUUACCAGCUGAGUGUUUGAGCAGGGAUUUCUGGGUUGGUGGGCAUUUUUGAGAUUCUUUCUGCACAAAGUGAUUGUCCUUUAAGCAAGAUUUUAUAUCAGUUGGGCGAGGGUUUUCAGUUUUCUCAUAUUUUUCCCCUUCCCAGUUUCACUGGAUUGUUUGUGGUGCACCUGAUAGCAUGUAAGAUAUUGCCUUUGAUAGAAACAAUUGUAAGUUUGAAAUUGAUACUUUGACGUUACAUACAAUAAUAGCUUGUGGAGUAAGGACAUACGCAUUUUUGCUAUCAAAUGCUAUCUAGGGUUCAAACUUCAAAGUCAAGUUAUUGACUUAUUAUCUAUGAAAAAAGUUAAGUUAUUGUA